AUGGCCAUAAGUCGGGAUUCACCAAAGGCCCUUUUUACGAAGAUAAGCUCCAUCCUCUGGAUCGAUUUCACUGUUCCUGGCAAGUUGACUCGUAUAGACAAUUUACCCUUUCAUCAGGUUGAGCCUGUUAUUUUCAAUACCAGAAGCACCGAAACCCACCAGCGAAAACGCAGGUAUCUGAGUCCGGCAUUUUCGACGAAGAACCUCAAUGAAUACGAGCCUUACAUGACCGUACAAAUCCAGAAAUUAAUGGAGUGCAUUCGCUGCAUGAAUAAUUCUGGAGAGACGCAGCUGGAUUUCAACGAGUAUGCGAAUUACCUAGCUUUCGACGUGAUCAGUGAUUAUGCCUUUGGAAGAUCAUUCGGAUUCCUUGACAAGCAGAGUGACCACUUCAACCUUAUAGCAACAAUUGAUGCCCGCGGAGAAGUCCUCAAUGCACUAGGCCACGUACCACAAUUCCUGCGUCCUCUCAUGAAAUACUUCUUUCUGGACUCUUUCUGGCCCAACGGCCUGCGUGCAACAUCAAACCUGGCAACAAUAGGGACAGAUGCCUACUAUCUCCGCAAAGACCAGCAGGACUCGCGACGAGAUCUGCUCAGUUUCCUGUUCAAUGCCAAAGACCCAGGGAACGGAAACCCUCUCCCCGAGAAAGAAAUUAUUGCGGAAUCUAUCUCGUUUAUCGUGGGUGGCAGUGAUACCACCAGCUCGACAAUGACGAAUAUCGUUGAUAUUGUCUCCCGCUUGCCAGGGGUCCGAAGACAGCUUCAGGCGGAGCUGGAUGAGGCUUUUCCCGGACAGAUGCCAGGCAGCUGGGUGGCUGAUUUUGCGACCGUUAAUAAGCUUCCCGUUUUAAAUGCGGUUCUGCGUGAGACUAUGAGAUUCAAACCGACUAGUUCUACGGGCUUGGAGAGAGUGACGCCGGCUGGGGGCAAAGUGAUCGCUGGGAAAUAUAUCCCAGAAGGUACCUUGGUUAGUGUGCCUACGUUGAAUAUCCACCAUAACCCGGCCAUUUUCACGAAGCCAGACGAAUUUGAUAUAUCACGCUGGCUUGAUAACGCAUCUUCGACAUUGUUGGAUUCUUUUUACCCCUUCUCUCUAGGGCCACGCGCCUGCCUUGGGCGAAACUUUGCAUGGAUGGAGAUGCUGAAAACACUGGCCACGAUCUUGAAGCUAUUUGAGCUGGAAAGGGUGGAAGUAGCAGGCAGUGGAGUUCGGGAAGGGUUCUUUGUGAAGAACAAGGAGUGCCAUUCCCCCUCACUUGCUUCACUCACCGUUCUUAACGCCCCCAUAAUGGCCUCGCCCGGAUCCUCUGAUAAUCAGGAGCCUUCAAACCCGUCUACUGUGUGGCAUCCAGCGCAGGAGUGGUUGGAAGAUGAUGAGCUAGAUAUGGAUUACCACCCGGCACAAGAUAUAACCGAGGACGACGACGAUGAUUGGGAGGACCACAUGGAUGAUGGAUCGGAUGAAGCGGGGAUAGAUGUUUCGGACGAGAACCCGCAUGUCACUCUUGGAAAUAUCCAUAUCGAGCUUGCAACAGGUGAUGAAGAUGAGCAGGAUCAGGGUGCACAUCACCCACGCAUUCCGGCUGCGCGUUUAUUUGAAUUACUCGCAUCGAGCGGUCUCCAACACAUACUUCAGUCCAAUGGAUGGCCUGGCCUAGCGGAGGAAGAGGAGGACGAGGACGACGAUGAAGAUGAUUAUUACUUCAGUGCUUUCAGAAAUCGGCCCAGAGCCAGGCGGAGGACUGGGCCUGUUGAAUACCCUAAAGUACCUAGCGACGAGGGCAAAGAGUUGAUGGGGGAGGGCCACUUUGGAUCCGACCAGUAUUACGUGGAUCGCCUAAAACAGCGCAAAAAGGCCCUUGCAAUGAAUUUGAUGUGGCGAGAACUCGGAAUUGAUGUACAUGGAGUGCAGAAGAGAGCGGAUCAGGCUAUUUCCCAGAAGCUGAUACCGGGCUCCGCCGCAGAUCGGAUCAUCCAUUACGACGCACGAAGUUACUCUGGACAAUUUUCGGACGAUGGAAACUUCUUUUUUUGCUGUGCCCAGGACUUUCGGGUUCGGAUGUACGAUACAUCCAAUCCAUACGAGUGGAAAUACUACAAGACUGUCGAUUAUCCUUUCGGCAGAUGGACAAUCACCGACUCCACGUUGAGUCCUGACAACCGGUUUCUCGUGUACAGUUCAAUACGAAGCAAAGCCUACCUUGCCACAACAGAUCCAGAGGAUGUCUCGGACCCGAUUGUGCUGGAUUUUUCCGGAGUUCCAGGUCGGAGACGACAGCAGCAUGGCUGGGGCGGUCCUGACUUUGGGAUUUGGUCUCUUCGGUUCUCUGGAGACGGUCGUGAGCUCGUCGCGGGAACAGAUGAGGAUUCGGUGAUUGUGUAUGAUCUCGAAACGAAACGGACUGUCCUGAAUCUCCGAGGUCGUCACCAGCACCAUGUCAACGCGGUCUGUUUCGGUGAUUCUUCUUCUCCACACAUUCUCUACUCUGGCUCAGAUGAUACGACACUUCGAGUCUGGGAUCGACGGUCCAUGGGCGAUGGGCGCGAAGCAGGAGUAUUCAUGGGCCACACUGAGGGGCUGACCUACGUCGACAGCAAAGGCGAUGGCCGGUAUGUGCUUUCAAACGGCAAAGACCAAACCAUGAAGUUGUGGGAUUUGCGAAAGAUGAUGACGACCGCCAAAUUCGAUACUAUCGACCCCAACAUCUAUACAACUGACUUUGACUACCGUCAUGGCCCAUACCCAGACGACUGUUACCAGCCACACCCGCACGACUGCUCCGUGGUCACCUUCCGUGGCCAUCGCGUUCUCAAAACUCUGAUCCGCUGCCACUUCUCUCCUCCCGGAAGUACCAACUCUCGUUAUGUUUAUAGCGGCAGCGAAGACGGCAAAGUAUACGUGUACAACCUGGACGCCACCCUGGCUGGUACGAUUGACGUGAGAUCCGCAACGCAGAACUCGCGGCCCCGCGAGCCAGACCCCUUCUCGGCGGCGUAUGGGAUGAGCGGCGAGAUGAUGUGGCGGACCUGUGUGCGAGACGUUAGCUGGCACCCGAAUGCGCCGGUCCUGGCAGCAUCAUCCUGGAAUGGAUGGGGCGGGUCAACCGGUACCUGCACAGUGCAUUCAUGGAACGAUGGUGCCGCAGACGACGAGGGCGACCCUCCAGUUGGUAGUAGCUAUGACGGCAAACUGCGGCCGAUCCCCGAGUUCAACGAGUACCGUGACAACGCCCCGACGACUCAAUCGCGCCGUCCACUGCGAAGUCGGCCUGUCCGGCAACUAUUUGUCGGCGGUGAGCCUAAUUCACCGGAGUGGUAG